UGGGAGGGGAGAAGAAAAAAGCAAACCAAGGUACCCCUCGACCGCUUCCGUUCUGUGACACGUUCCGAGGCAAGAACAAUUUCUGCGAGGAAAGGAUGUUGUUUUUCUCCUCAGUCGCUCCUGAGACCAGAGUGGGCGGCCAGCUCUCAAAAGCCACAUGUUGCCUUUACUGUGGAUGCCGAAUUCCACCACACAGAGAGGAUGACAAAGCAGGGGAGAAGAAAAAAAGCAGAUAAACACCUAUAAAGAAGAAGGGGGGAAAACCCGAGUCAGACACAGCGAGGUUGGAAGGACCUGGGGAAGUCCUCAGGGCUGGGAAAUUUCCUGCCUUGCUUCUGGUGCUCUUGCUGCGUCUUGUCUGCUGCCUGGCAGGUGGGCCCCAAAGUGCUCUUGCUUUCUGCCAACGUAUCUGAGGAAGUUUAGAAGGCCGGGAGCCCCUCACAAAGCUUCCCAUCAAAAGAGGCUCAUCGUUUUGGGCGCCAGAAUGGCACCGAAGUCUCCUGACCAGGAUCUCUGAAGGCGUCUGGGGCUUAGACCUCCAAGCAACAAUGUCACAGAGAAUGUCCAGUUGAAUUGCCAAGGAAAGAAAUGUGCUCCAAGCGGGGGGCUGGGGGUUUCGCGCAGCCCCCUUUUCUCUGAGGGAGAAGUCCUCCUGCUGCCUCGAAUCCUCCCGGCAUCCCAAGAGGUCCUUCUGAAGCCCUUCGGCGAUCACCGGGAUGUCAGCUUCCAACCAGUCAUUGGAACCGUGCACGGACCGCAGUGCCAGCCACCAACUUCACCUGGUCGGAUACAGCCUAAUUUUCACAGCCGGCUUGCUCCUCAACGUCGCGGCCAUCUGGAUCUUCCUGUACUACCUGCGCAUCAAGUCCGUGGUGAGCAUCUACAUGCUGAACUUGGCCGUCAGCGACCUCCUUUUCACGGUGUCUUUGCCAUUCCGUAUCUACUAUUACGCCGUGGGGGAAUGGCCCUUUGGGAGUUUCCUUUGCCAAGUCUCCGGCUCCGUCUUCCAGAUCAACAUGUACGGCAGCUGCCUCUUCCUCAUGUGCAUCAACCUGGACCGCUUUGUUGCCAUCGUCUACCCGCUCCGCUGGCGCCACCUCCGACGCCCUAAGGUGGCGCGGCUGCUCUGCCUGGUGGUGUGGGUGCUUAUCCUGAUGGGCUCCGUUCCAGUGGCUGGCGUUCACAGAACCACAUCCUGUCAGAAACAAAACCGGAAUGUCACGCUGUGUUUCGAAAGCUUCAGUAAUGACCUGUGGCAGAAAGGACUCUUUCCCUUGGUUAUUCUGGCGGAGAUCCUCGGCUUUCUCCUGCCUCUCACUUCCGUGACCUACUGCUCGAUUAGAAUCUUCCGGAAACUGUGCAAGCCUGGGCGGGAGCAGAGCCUGCGCCAGCAGAAGACAAUUCGCAUGCUCGUGGUGAACCUGGUCAUCUUCAUUAUCUGCUUUGUCCCUUACAACAUCAUCCUAGCAGCCUACGGGAUGAUUAAGGCCCGGGUGUUCCCGACGGAACAACAGACGAAGGAUUCUGUCCGCCAGGCCCUGGUCGUCACGGUGCUCCUGGCCAGUAUGAACUGCACCCUGGACCCCUUGAUCUAUUACUUCAAUACGGAGGGUUUUCGAAACACUUUAAAGAAACUGCGGAGGGGGCAAGCAUGGGACUCCGAGACGGGGACGCUUCAGACUCGAGUGAUGCAAAGCAAACCUCACCAGGCGGACACUAAGUCAGAACUCAAACGAUUCCCGGUUCGGCACUUGAUCCUCCCGCGCAAGGAUUUGCCGUUUGCUCCUCCCAAGAUAUUUUUAAACAGUCCCAUCGAAGAUUCUGAAAUAUAAGUAUGCUGGCAACUUUGGAACAGGUCGGAGUGGGUGGGAAAUGAUGAUGAAAACUUGAAAAUGGAGAGGGAGGGGCAGGCAAAAGCAGAUCCAUGUUUUCUCAGGUGGUUUCAGACAUUAUUUUUAGGUGUUUGUUUUCAUUCUUGGGCGGGGUCUGUUUCACACACAUGCUGUAUACAAGACUGCAGUGUUGUCACUUGUAUUAUGUCUAGGGCAAACGCACAAGUUUAUGCUAUAUUUCUGCCCAGAAACUAGCAACGGUGGGUUGCCAGGUCUUGCCUGGCUUCUGGUAGGGGGACUUCCCUCGUGCGCGUGAAGUGUGUGCUGUGCGACAUCACCACCUGAAAGUGAUGUAAUCGUGCUGGGCACAUCAUGUGGAGAUGCUCUAAUAUUUGGUAAAAAACCCACAAACCUUUAUGGCACCAUAGAGUGGGGGGGUUUACCAAAAUGCUAGAGCGUCCCCUGUGUGAUGUGCCCGGUGCGAUUAUGUCACUUCCAGGUGACGUCAUCGUGUUGGGCAUGUCGGACCCUGACAGAGCUCUUUGGGGAUGGGUCUCCCCCAGCCAGCCAAUCCUGUGCCAGCAGGUUGGAGGCCACAAAAUCAGGGGAAGCCCCGCCCCCAGUGGAAGGUUGGGGACCUUAAGCAUCAAAGAGUAUUAAAAAUUAUCUUCAGGGGCAAGGCUCUUGAAACUCAAGGUUCACACUGCUCAGGGAGACUGCUCCUGUACAUAGCUGUACAACAACAACAAAAAGCUAGGUGCUACCAUCCAAUCCUGUAUCAGCCAUUUCCAGUGUUCAACUUUCCCAUGAAUGUUAUUCAAAGGCUGUUAUUUAUUGCUUUUGGCUGUUGGCACAGCGACAACGAAAGUUGUAACAACGCAACCGCAGCCCUUCCUCAGCAAGCUCUGACAUCUUGCUACUCAUCGGCGAUCUUGAGAACAUGCUAAAGGGUUCUGCACUGAAAAGAAAACAUAUAGUUGAACAUUAUUUUAAUAAUUAAAUAUAUGAUCUUUUUA